AUGUUCGAUCUUCCCUCGAAUCCCGACGGCAUUGCUCAAGCUUACAACCUUACCAACCAAUUUAUACUCCUUCUCGAAGCACUUUGGACCACGAUCAGAGACCAAUACACUAUGGCGGUCGAUAAAGAGACCUAUCUUCGACGAGUUCGCGGACUACUGGAUCAUUUGGACUUUGACGUGCCCCUUGUGGCAAGACUCGAAGACAUGAUUGAGAACUCAGACGGUGAAAUUGACAUUGACGAUUCCAGCGCAGCUUCCUCCUCCGAAGAUGAUUCUGAUGAUGAAACCUACUAUCCAACAACUCCACCAAAAACGAGAGCUGCCAAACGACAAUUAUUCGAAACUGAUGAGCCAAAACAAAAACGACAGAAAGUCGACCAGUUUGAUCAGCUUGAAGACGAUGAGGAAACCUACCAUCCAACAACUCCACAAAAAACGAGAGCUGUCAAACGAAAAUUAUUCGAAACUGAUGAGUCAGAACAAAAACGACAGAAAGUCGACCAGUUUGAUCAGCUUGAAGAUGAUGAUGAAACUGACAUUGGAAGCGAUAAUGACGCCGAGAUCAACGACGAGGCAGACGCUGCGAGAGAGGUUAUCGCUGCUGAAGAUAACGGUAUAGCUGGAGUGGGUGUCUCAGCUGAGGAAAACGACGUAGAUGAAAACAACGAUGAUAGCGGAGCUGAGACUGGACCGGAUAGCGAGGAAGAAUGGGCGGCUCGACCAAAAUCGCAAAAAAAUCAACUCUGGACCCAAACGACCUGGGACAUGUGCCAACCUUCCACAAGCCGAGCUUCGAUGUACACGCCACCGCCGACGCCUCCUCCAUUUGACUCUCCUCGUCCUCCACCAUUUGAGUUUCCUUCUCCGGCUGGACGGUCAUCUGUUAUUCGAUCACCUACGGUUCCCGUAUUCCGACCAAUUACCACUCAACAAAUGAUGGCUUCAGCAAUCACAACAAUUGAUUUGACCGGAGAUCCUUCCUCUGACGAUGAUGAUCAAGUUGUCCCAGCAAUCGACAUUGCGUACGCUGAUGAUACCUUUGGCUCCUUGGACGCCGAACAAUUCCAGCAGAUCGUCGAUGAAAACGACGCGCAAGCGAGAGCAGAAGAAAUCCGACAGCUGCAAUCGGAGCUGGAGAAUCCGUCAAGAGGAGGGGAGACCUUGGAUACAGCACUCUCCAUGGGACUGAUCACGCGAGAAACUGCUGAAUUCAUCGAUGAAACCGCCGAGAUGAUGGAAGACGAAGAAGAUCCUCCCGCCAACGUGACGCCAGAAAAAACCUUUACCGAACUUUAA